UGUUAGAUUGCUCUGGAUUGUUUCCUCGGGACGUUCACAAUAAGGUUAAAAUAUCAAACACGUCUCAUGACACCAAUCCAAAAGGAGCGGGGUUUAUCAGGGGGGACCUGGAGCAUUAAUUUCCCCACCGAUUUAACUCCGCAUCCCUUGUAUAUAUGGUAAAAACUGAAGAAUUCAGCUCAGUGGAAAAAGCGUUUGUUGAUGGUGCAAUGUUGUGGUUUGCGAUGUAUUGCUGGUUAGCAGCCUCUUCGGCUGAAAUAUAGAUGCGUCAAUCUUUUUCGAAUCGUAUUUUUGCCGAUCCGGUUAGUUUUAGCUGAUCUUUGAAUCAUCACAACAGCGUUGGCUGGCCUGGACAAAAUGAGCAGAAAACAGCAUCAUUUUAAAGGAGCAGAGGUCAGCUGCUGUGUCAAAUACUUCUUAUUCGGAUUCAACAUCAUAUUUUGGUUGCUGGGAGCUGCAUUCCUGGGUAUUGGACUUUGGGCCUGGGCAGAAAAGGCAAUGCUGUCAAACAUUUCCUCUAUCACAGAUCUGGGCGGCUUCGAUCCUGUUUGGCUGUUCAUCGUAGUAGGAGGGGUGAUGUUCAUCCUCGGAUUUGCCGGAUGCAUCGGUGCGCUCCGGGAAAACACAUUUCUACUCAAAUUUUUUUCAGUGUUUUUGGGCCUCAUCUUUUUCCUGGAGCUCACAGCUGGCAUUUUAGCCUUCGUGUUUAAAGAUUGGAUCAAAGACCAGCUGAACUUCUUCAUCAACAACAAUGUUAAAGCAUAUCGGGAUGACAUUGACCUCCAAAACCUCAUUGACUUUGCUCAAGAAUAUUGGUCGUGUUGUGGUGCUCAUGGACCGAAUGACUGGAACCUGAACAUCUAUUUCAACUGUACCGACUUUAACCCCAGCCGGGAAAGGUGUGGUGUUCCCUUCUCCUGUUGCGUCAAAGACCCUGCUGAGGAUGUUCUGAAUACACAAUGUGGCUAUGAUGUGCGGCUUCAAGGGGAGUUGGAUCAGCAGAAGUACAUUUACACCAAGGGCUGCGUGGGGCAGUUUGAAAAGUGGCUACAGGACAAUCUGAUCAUUGUUGCUGGGAUAUUUGUGGGGAUUGCAUUAUUACAGAUUUUUGGGAUAUGUCUGGCUCAGAACCUGGUGAGUGACAUCAGAGCGGUCAAAGCCAACUGGUGACCCUUUGCAGAGGGCGACAGCUGACAGUAACCUUCAUGGCAGAGAGCUAAUUACAAAUCAGCACUGUUUACACACCAUUGAGCUGGGAAAUUCUGCCCUUUUAACCUUACGGACAUUGUAUGUUGGCUGACUUUACAAAAUAGACUUUCCAUCUAUGUAUUUUUUUCUUUUUUUGUGGUUCCUUAUCUGAAAACAAGCUCUUAUGGAGGCUAUCCAGAUGGAGCUUAACGUGAGAUGUCACACCAAGAUCAAGCUAUCUGCGAUCUCCCAGCUGUCUCCUGAUCGAACACUAUUUUCGUUUGCCCUUAUUAAAAUGAUAACCAGGCUCUCCUUCGCAUUGGUGAAUAAUGUCAAGCGGAGGGUCUUUUCAUUAACCUGUGGAUGACUUGCUUUGGAGAAACAUACAAAUCAACCACUGAGACUUUAAACAGAGGAGCCAUGAACUAAAAAAAGCCUUACAGCAGUACAUUUCUCUAUACACUAAUGUGGAUUCAGCUUUUUACACGACAUUCUGUCUGUCAGUCAUUCGAGCCGGUGGACAGUUGGACUUUUACCUCUAAUUGGCUCUCUGUUGCACAGAGUAGCCAAUCAGAACAAUGUACUUGAUAAUUACACGUAUGCAUUUAUUUUUGUGAGUUAUACCACUACUGUUGGGGAGGUCUGUUAUUUGUCUAUAUUUUGUUCUCAUUUUCUCUUGGUUUUUUUGGUUGUCUCUGUGGCAAAAGAGUAUGAAUUGACUUUCCCAGACUAGCUUAUGAAUCUUUUUGUUUUUGCUUCUCUGCUAGAUAGUGAUAUGCUAUAGUGACACUAAUAAUGUAUUAUUAUAAAUAUGCUGCUGCUUUAACUCAUAAAAGAUAUACAUCGCUAUACUAACCAACUGAACUUUUUAUAGAAAUCAUGAGGUAUACAUUCCCUCUGGGAAACUUCAGAUCACGCAGAGUGCUUUGAGAAACGAGUCGGACGUGAGUGCACAUGAAGUGGACAGAUUGAAUUAGCCGUGCGUAUGAUCACAUGCCUUAUUGAGCCCUAUAGAGAUGGCAGCAGAAGCUUCCGGCAGUUACGCAACACAUGGACCUUUAGGAUGGCUUUAUUUACUAUUCAGUCUCCAUUGCUUUGCCCUGCACGACACAUUUAAUCAUCUAUAAAAAAAAAAAAUGCAUGGCAAUGCAGACCUCUUUAAACAUGCGCACGUGUGUGUCCAUCCCAUUAUGACUACCAUACCAGUGCGUUUUCACCUAGCUGUGUUCAGAAGGUGUCUGCAUUGACUCAUGACCUUAAAGCUAAUAAUGUGCAAAGUAAGAUAAAUGACGUACUGCGUAUGUAGAACGUGCCCGGAUGGUUUCAGCAAUGUCAGCAGACUGAACUAAAUCAUCUGUUUGAAGGGUCUAUAUAACCUGUGUUGUCAGAGCGAAUAGUAAAAUGUGAUAUUUCUCUUCUGUGGUCUUUUUGGGAGAUUCUGGAGGGGGUUGCUGACACCUGCUUGUGUAUAUUAGAGGCAAUUUUUAUGCAGAUACAAGACAGAUUAUAUGCUAAAUGAUGUUUAGCCCCCUUUUUAAGGACCCAAAUGGAUGAAUCCCAUAUAAACCUAUUAAGAACAUGUCUAGGUUGCAUUUCUGUAUCCUACAUAAAGGAGAAAGUGAAGUUUGCUAAAGAAAAUGAAGCACAUUUACACCAUCAUUACCAUGAUGACAAAAAAAAAAAAUCACUAUAUAUAAAAAGGUAAAUUAUUUAAAUUAUAGCGUAUUUAAACAUAUAAUGAUCAUUUUUGUUGUACUGCCUUUGGUGAUUUUAAUUUAAAAAAAUAAUUGUGUUUAUGUAAUACAGAAAAAUAAUGUAUUAGAAUGGCAAGAAGCUAAUGUAAUGUAAUUAUCAAUUAAAAUAAUCUCAAAAAUAAAACUCCAGAGGCUAUAUGGUAAUGAGAAUCUAAAAGGAAAUGAAAACAAAAAUCUUAAUGAUCCUAAAAAAAAAAAAAAAAAAAAGCUACAUUUUCUUUAUGCAAAAUAACACUUUUUUUUUUUAAAAUAUAUAUAUUCUAGGGUGAAAUGCAACCUGGACAUGUAUUUUGAUCGACACAAAUAUAGUGUUUAUUAUCCCUCUCCCUCUCAUUUUCGUCAUCAUGCAAUGGCCUUUUUUCUUUUUUUUUUUUUUUUGAUAUUUGACUUUUUUUUUUUUUUCUAAACAAAGAACUCUAACAUUCCCUUUUGAGGGAGCCUCUUGCAUAUCAUGAAUGUAAAAAUCAUCUCUUACUAAUGUUAUGUCAUAUAUAACUUACCCUUCAAAGUGCAAUGCACAAACAUAUAUGUGAAUAAUCUUUACAAAAUAAAUUUAAUGUUUGUCUGACCGUAGGCACGCAACUGAAAAACAUCGCAAAUCUGUGUUCGUGUAGUGAAUUAGACAUUCCUUGUGCAUGCAUUGGCUUAAUUUUUUUAUGAAGUGCAUUAUGCAUUUCUGCAGUUUUUCUGUGCUGGUUCAUCAGAAACCGUUUUGAUGAUUGGUAUUUAAACCAUUGAGCCUUUUUGCUGGCCUUUCUCUGUACCAGCUGUGGUAGUUUGUACAUUACAGUCAUUUGAAAUGUUUGCAAAUCUUUAAGCACAGUUUUAUCAGAGCAGCUGGAGUUUCUAGAACAGUUGUACAGAACAGUUCUGCGUGGAUUGUGAAUGCAUAUCAAUAUAGUUUUUAAACGAUUUAAAGAUGUCUUGAUCUUUUCCCGACUUAAUGCUUGACAUCACACUUGUCACUUUUAAUGCGCUUUGAAAUAUCAAUUGCGAAAGCCUUUAAUUUUUUUUAUUUUUUAUAUAUAUUUUGUUUUGUUUACAUUCCCAUACACGUCUUCACAGAAAUGUUUGGAUUCUACCUCAUCAUGGAGAAAUGACUUCAAUCGUAGUUAUUUAGGGAGUCAUAACUCUAAUGCAGUUGUUGUAAACAUUUUUAGAAGAGUUGCAAAAAACCCAACUUUAAGUAUCUUCAACACCAAUAAGGGUUGCAGGUUGUCCUUCACAGUCUCAGCUUUUAUUUAGAUGCUUUUAGGCAAACUUUUCUUGACAAGUCAUGGAAUGCAAAAAAUACUAAUGUUGAUUUCAUAUUUGAAUGGGUUGUUGUUGUUUAAACUUAUCCAGAGCCAUUGUGAACAGCACUAUUUCAGUUCUCUGGUUCGUGCAAACAAUUGGUUGUCAGCUGUAAUCAGAUCAAAUUGAAGACUUUAACUAGGUUAUUGACUUAGUGUUCAUUAUCAGAUAAUAUCAUAUUAGAAUAACUCAAAAUACCCUCUUAAAUUGGAUAAUGAAUAUUGCACUUGCAGACCUAAAGCAUUUCCUAUGCUCUCCAUUAUGAGUCGAUGAUUAUACUAACCUAAAAUAACACUAAUACUUAAUGUGGAUUUUUACUCUCUGUUAAAAAAGAAAACUUUAGAAAAUUAUGAUCGUAUUUGGAAACAUCCACUGUGUUGCAGUAGUUUUGUUUUAUUUGAUGUUUUUUGUAAUUCUUGUCCAAAGGUCCAUGUAUUGGGGGCAUCCAAAAAUGGACUUUUCUUGUGGGAGAUGGUCUGUUACACUGUAUACUAUGAUACAAGAUAUGCUUUUUCUUUUUCAUAAUAAAAUGGAUUUAUGACA